CUUCCUCCGCUCCUAGAUCCAUACUCAAACUCCAUUGACCAUGCCCAAACAACAACAGUCUUACCAUACCUCCACAACGCUCGCUGCAUUUGCCUCAGCAUUCAAGAUCUGCUUGCCAUGAGAUCGCCCUUCUACCUCACUGACACAACAAUAGAUGAUGAUGCUGCACCCCUCCUCGUGGCAGCACGUAAGCCUUGGAUUCCUGCUCAGCUACAACAAACGCCGCCCCAGAUUUUAUUUCCGCAUUAUCCUUAUCUUGGCCUUCUACCCUUUCCCGCGUUGCGAGUACGAGCAAUCACGCUUGCGUCUUUGUUUAAUCCGAUGGAACUGAAAAGGGAUAUUUUUCGAGAAGGCUUGGCAUACUAUCGGGGAACUCGAAGUAGGGAACCUUUGGGGAGUAAACAGCCAUGUGAUAUAAGGAGCUGCGAAGUUAAGCCGUGGUUUUUGAAGAAGUGGAUGUUGCUGAUGGAUUCCUCUGCCAUGGAUGGAAGCAAAGCAAUAUAUGAUAUGAGUAUUUUGGGUGGGGUUUGA